AUGGCUGAGGAAGAUGGCAGCAUGGUAAAAGAGAUUAAACACCGAAUUCAAUGUGGUUGGAAUAAUUGGAGAAAGGUUUCGGGAAUGAUCAGCGACAAGAGAGUGCCUGUAAAGUUGAAGGGAAAGGUAUAUAAGUCUGUGGUCAGACCAGCUACGACCUAUGGUUUAGAAACUGCACCGCCGACAAAAGUUGAAGAAAGAAAAUUGGAUGUUGCUGAAAUGAAAAUGCUCAGAUGGAUGGUGGGGGUACCAAAGAUGGACUGCGUACGGAAUAACUAUAUAAGAGGAUCACUUAAGGUAACAGAAAUAUCAAAGAAUGUUCAGGAAUCAAGAUUGCGAUGGCAUGGACACCUGCUAAGAAGAAACGAAGAUCAUCCACACAAUGAAGAUCUCAACAUAACUCAAAUCAACAAACAUUUCAAUGAUAUAAUAAAGGAAUCUGCACUAGAAGUAUGUGGUAAGAAAAGCAAGGCUCCAGCAAGUUCUCGUUUUGACCUAUGGAUCCGAAACAUGGACUAA